AAACUUGCCAAGAUCCAAGAGCAUUAGAUAGAUCUUGACCAAGGAGUUUGGAUGUCCUUAAAAAAUUUAAUUCAACUCUAGGGUUUUAAUACUAAUCAUAAGUGGCUUAAAAGCCGAAGGAAUCUCUGGUGAGAAGGGGCCAAUAGAAGGGAAAACUUGAGGCUGGAUGAACCCUCCAGAACCCAAAGUCUCAUCUGGGUUUACACCUGCCUGAACCAUGCCAAGUGGGUACGAGUACGGCUGUGAAUGAGCUUGUGGAUAAUAACUUGUGCUAUAACUGUAAGAAUAGUUGGGAGAAGGAUCAAUAGCAAUAUGUUCAUUAGUGCUUAAACUUCCCACCCAAGAUGCUUGUUGUGGAUAUGCAGAGAUGUUAGUGCUUUGGAAAGCUAACCCAACAGGUUGCUGGGGGUAAUAAUUUUGCAUAAGAUCAGGAGGAUAAGAAACAUAUGAAGUUGAAAAAUACUCUCCUGAGAUUGGACAAGGUCUUAAUUCUGCUUCUCCAUGUGCGAACUUUUAUUUUAGACCAAACUGUCACUCCCCUGUUUGCUUAAAGUGUCUACAGAGAAUUGUUUUAUAAUACUGGGUGUAAUCAACUUGAGUCUUAGUUGGUGCUUUGAAUAGCUUAGAUUCUUUACAAUCCUUGUCAAGGGAUGCAAAAGCAGUUGAUUUGGGAGGUGCUUCUCUUAAUUCUUCUAUUCCAUGGGCAAAACUUCAACUUUCGCCUAAGUUACAGAAUCCUUUCUGUUCAUAAUGCCGACAAAGUUGUGUCUUAUAUAAAGAGGAUUGCUUCAGUUGAGGAGCAGUUGGAGGAAGCCAAGUAUCAGAAUAAGCAGCUGAAGUUGUAGUACAAGAAGUAUAAAGAAAGGAGCUUUAAUCAGCAUAGUAAUCCUGUGCAUUUGACAUAUCUGAUUGUAUUUCAGGCUCUAAAUAGCCAUAUGAUGGAUUCAUUGGAGAAGUAUAUGAGCUAUCUGUUUGGUAAG